AUGGACGCCAUCCAGAAGGAAGUGCAGCGCGUCAUCGAGAAGGCGCCCGGGCUCGGCCUGGCUCCCUCGUCGUGCCCCUCGUCGGCUGCGCUCGCAACCACACGCCCCAAGGCGAUCAAGACAUCGUCCAAGAGCAAGGAGAAGGACAAGGAGGUGGGCAAUGCUUCGGUCAUGGAGGCCCUCGACGAACUCGUCGCAUCGCUCGAAGAGGCCAAGCGAGGCGUCGCUUCAGGGAGCAAACCCGCCGUGCAGGCAACGAUGCAGUCGCGCACCGCCCUCGCCAAGGCACAAAAGGUGGUUGGGGAGAGGCACAAGGAGUACUACAAUGCGCUUUCGAAGCUGGGCAAGAGUCUCGACAAGAAGUUUCCGAUGCCCAUCGAUGGUGUCGCCGACGCCAAUCUGUUCAAGGGCGAUGUCGCACAGGCUGCCCUCGAUCGCGUUGUCCGGGACCACCUCGAGCGGACGGGCGACUGGGACGCCGUGGGCAUCUUCGAGAAGGAAGCAGAACUAUCUUCUUCGGACAAGCUGCCUCCAGGCACGUUUCAGACGAUGGUGGAAACCAUUGAUGACAUCAAGCGGGGCAACCUCUCGCGAGCCAUCAGCUGGGCAGAGCAGGAGAGCGAUUUUCUGCUAGCGAGGGGCAGCCAUCUCGCCUUUGCCCUGCACAGGAGCCAGAUGAUCAGGAUUGCCCUCGGCCACGUCAAGGCAACGGCCGACGGUGUCGUUGUGCCAUCGCGGGGAGCAGAGGAGCGAGACGGACAGGUCGACGAGGAGGUGGAUGAGAUCGAAGAGGAUGAUCACUUUGUAGAGGCGCAAGAGCGCAUGGCACUGGAUCCUGACGGCGAGUCCGUCGAUGCCAUGAGCCAGAGCCAGCACCACUUUGUCAACACAGACGUUGACGGCGAUGCUCCAGGGCGGACGUAUUCUAACAUCGAAGCAGCUCUGCAUUACGGCAGGCGCCACUUCCGACCGACACAGCCGGCACACCUCGACGAGAUGAAACGCCUCUUCACCUUCAUCCUCUUUCUGCCCCAGGUAUACCAGAAUCGGUCCAGCCCGCCGAUCCCGCUGAGCGCGGCGCAGCUGUCCGUUGUGCCUCUGUCCUACCAUGGCUUUCUCGACGAUGCGCAGAUGCAUUCGAUGUCGCUCCUUCCCCUUUUCCAGCGCGAGUUCACCGCUCGGAUGGGUGUCUCGCGCGACCCGCCACUCAAGGUGGCCGUGGAAGUCGGUGCUGGCGGCGCGCUCAACCGCAUCAUCAAGGUCAAGACCCUGAUGAAGGAGCGAGGAAACGAAUGGAGCCAGGCCGACGAGCUUCCGGUCGAAGUGCCAUUGCCGCCUCAUCUGCGCUUUCACAGUGUCUUCACCUGCCCCGUCUCCAAGGAGCAAGGAACAGAGGAGAACCCGCCGACGAUGAUGACAUGCGGCCACGUCGUCUGCUUGGAGAGCCUCAACAGACUAGCAAAGGGCACAGGUCGGGUCAAGUGCCCUUACUGUCCCAUCGAGUCAAGGACAUCGGAAGCAAAGAGAGUCUACUUCUGA